AUGCACCUAUCUGUGGAGUCAAAGGAUAUUCGCGGUUUAUGUUUAUUCCUGGAUUUGAUAUUAUUUAAAGGAAUUGCAGUGGAUUACAUGCACUGUGUUUUUCUGGGAGUCACGAAAAUGCUUAUGACGUGGUGGUUUGACAAGACACAUGCGUCUGAAGACGGGAACAUACGUAAACACGUAGAAAAUGUUGACAGUCGCUUGCUAAAUAUAACUCCACCUAAUUGCAUUUCUCGGGCACCAAGAAGUAUUGCAAAGGAUUAUCCUCAUUGGAAAGCUUCAGAGUUUUUUUUAUGGUAUUCCCUGUUUGUGAAACAUUUUGCCUGA